AUGUGGAAGGAAAAUAUUACUCGUAUUAGUGAAUUCAUCCUGGUGGGCUUCCCUACUUCUUCUUGGUUGCAGACUUUGCUAUUCUUCAUAUUCCUCAUCACUUACCUAUUCGUGCUGUUGGAGAAUUCAAUUAUCAUCAUCACUGUAUGGGUUACUGGUUCCCUCCACAAGCCUAUGUACUAUUUUCUAGGCACCAUGUCAUUUUUGGAGACCUGUUAUAUAUCCGUAACAGUUCCUAAGAUGCUCACUGGAUUCCUAUUUCAUCCCAAUAUCAUUUCCUUCUUGGGAUGUAUGACUCAGCUUUAUUUCUUCAUCUCACUUGCCUGUACUGAAUGUGUGCUCUUGGCUGCAAUGGCUUAUGAUCGUUACGUGGCCAUAUGUUGGCCUCUUCGCUAUCCAGUGAUGAUGACCACAGGGUUUUGUGUUCAACUGACCAUCAGUUCCUGGGUGAGUGGCUUCACUAUCUCCCUGGCAAAGGUUUACUUCAUCUCUCAAGUUAUUUUCUGUGAUAAUAAUGUCUUGAACCAUUUUUUUUGUGAUGUAUCUCCUAUUCUCAAAUUAGCCUGCAAAGAUUUUUCCAAGGCUGAGUUGGUAGAUUUUGUACUAGCCAUUGUCAUCCUCGUGUUUCCUCUCUCCGCCACUGUCCUUUCUUAUGCCUUCAUUGUCUCCACCAUUUUGCAUAUCCCCUCAGCUACUGGGCGGCGAAAGGCCUUCUCUACUUGUGCAUCUCACCUAACAGUAGUGGUCAUCUUCUACACAGCUGUGAUCUUUAUGUAUGUUCGACCUCGGGCCAUUGCUUCAUUCAAUUCCAACAAAUUGAUCUCUACUAUAUAUGCAGUUUUUACCCCUAUGCUCAACCCUAUCAUCUACUGCCUGAGGAAUAAAGAGGCCAAAGAUGCCAUCAAAAAAACUAUGACAAGUGGCCGAGCCCUUUUCUUAAGAGAAACUCCUUACUAA